AUGAUUUGCUCUUAUAUAAUUUUACAAAGAUUAAUUUUAGGAACACAUGACCCGAAGUAUCAAACAUCAGCUGGUGUAGAUGGUGAAGUAUUUGGUGAAGAUAAAAAGAGAACUGCCGGCGCUGAUACUGAUGGUGGUGGCGGAGGACCACAGACACCACAAGUUGCUGAAACUUAA